CUGGUAAACAUCCUCCGUCGGUGCUUCCUCCCGCAGAUGCUCGGAGCCGCGUUGUUUCCACUGCUCUUGCUGCUGCUGGUGUCCUGGGCGUCCCAGGGCGAAGCAGCUCCGGACCAGGAUGAAAUCCAUACCCUUCCCGGGCUGGCCAAGCAGCCCUCUUUCCGGCAGUACUCCGGCUACCUCAGAGCGUCGGAGUCCAAGCAUUUCCACUACUGGUUUGUGGAGUCGCAGAAAGACCCAAAGAACAGCCCAGUAGUGCUUUGGCUCAACGGGGGUCCUGGCUGCAGCUCCCUAGAUGGGUUUCUUACAGAGCAUGGGCCCUUUCUGGUGCAGGGAGAUGGCGUCACUCUGGAGUACAACCCCUACUCUUGGAACCUGAUUACCAAUAUGUUGUAUAUUGAGUCCCCAGCCGGGGUGGGCUUCUCCUACUCCGAUGACAAGAUGUAUGUGACGAACGACACAGAGGUGGCUCAGAACAAUUACGAGGCGCUUAAAGACUUCUUCCGCCGCUUUCCGGAAUACAAGGACAACAAACUGUUCCUGACGGGAGAGAGCUACGCUGGCAUCUACAUCCCCACCUUGGCCGUACUGGUCAUGCAGGAUCCCAGCAUGAACCUUCAGGGGCUGGCUGUCGGCAAUGGACUCGCCUCCUAUGAGCAGAAUGACAACUCGCUGGUCUAUUUUGCCUACUACCAUGGUCUUCUGGGGAACAGGCUUUGGACUUUGCUCCAGACCCACUGCUGCUCUCAGAACAAGUGUAACUUCUAUGACAACAAAAACCCAGAAUGCGUAAACCAUCUCCUGGAAGUGUCUCGAAUUGUGGGUAAUUCUGGCCUCAACAUAUACAAUCUCUACGCCCCAUGUGCUGGUGGGGUGCCUGGCCAUGAGAGGGACGAGGACACUUUUGUGGUCCAGGAUUUUGGCAAUCUCUUCACCCGCCUGCCACUCAAGCGGAAAUUCCAUCAGACACUGCUGCGUUCCGGGGACAAGGUCCAAAUGGAUCCCCCCUGCACCAACACUACAGCCCCUUCCACCUACCUCAACAACCCGUACGUUCGGAAGGCCCUCCACAUCCCUGCGGAGCUGCCCCCCUGGAACAUGUGCAACUUCGUGGUGAACUUACAGUACCGCCGUCUCUACCAAAGCAUGAACUCCCAAUACUUGAAACUGCUCAGCUCGCAGAAAUAUCAGAUCCUGCUAUACAAUGGUGACGUGGACAUGGCCUGCAACUUCAUGGGGGAUGAGUGGUUUGUGGAUUCCCUAAACCAAAAGAUGGAGGUGCAGCGUCGGCCCUGGCUAGUGGACUACGGGGAGAGUGGAGAGCAGGUAGCCGGCUUCGUGAAGGAAUUCUCCCACAUCACCUUUCUCACCAUCAAGGGCGCUGGACACAUGGUCCCCACAGACAAGCCCCAAGCUGCCUUCACCAUGUUCUCCCGUUUCCUGAACAAAGAGCCUUACUGAGACCCGAGGAGACCCGAGGAAGUCCUCAGCGUGUGGUCCAGCCCCUCCCAGCCACUCUCCAGGAAGAGAGACCCGCC